CGUAGUCUCCGCCCAGCCCUUCACCAUGGUGGCCGACAACCUGGGCGUGGUGCUGCACGAGAAGAAUGAUGUCCGGGUGGAGGCGCUGCCGAUGCCGCAGGCCGGCGCCGGUGAGGUCGUCGUCGCCAUGGACACCGUCGGCAUCUGCGGCUCCGACGUCAGCUACGUCACCAAGGGCCGCAUCGGCGACUUCGUGCUGCGCAAGCCGAUGGUGCUGGGCCACGAGGCGAGCGGCGUCGUGCACGCACUGGGGGAGGGCGUUACGUCGCUAAAGGUCGGCGACCGCGUGGCCAUCGAGCCAGGCGUGCCGUGCCGCCGCUGCGACCACUGCAAGCGCGGCACGUACAACCUCUGCGCGGACGUGUUCUUCUGCGCCACGCCGCCGGAUGACGGCAACCUGUGUCGCUUUUACAAGCACGCGGCCGACUUCUGCCACCGGCUGCCGGCCAGCGUGUCGCUGGAGGAGGGCGCGCUGAUGGAGCCGCUCUCUGUGGGCGUGCACGCGUGCCGCCGCGCCGGCAUCACGGCCGGACAGCGCGUGCUCGUCUGCGGCGCCGGCCCGAUUGGGCUCGUCAACCUGCUGGUGGCGCGCGCGAUGGGCGCCACAGAGGUGGUCGUCACCGACAUCUCGGCCGGCAGGCUGGAGCUGGCGGCCCGACUCGGCGCGCAGCACACGCUGCUCGUCGACAGCAAGGACGCGGAGGCGCUGGCCGGCCGCGUGGCGGAGCUGCUCGGCGGCCGGCAACCGGACGUUACAAUCGAGUGCAGCGGUGCCGAGGCCAGCAUCCGGCUGGGCAUCUUCGCCACGCGCUCCGGCGGCAUGAUGGUGCUGGUCGGCCUCGGCCCGGCCGAGGUGACCGUGCCGAUCGUGAACGCCGCCGUGCGCGAGGUCGACAUUCGCGGCAUCUUUCGCUACGCCAACUGCUACCCGGCGGCGAUCCAGCUGGUGGAGGCGGGCUUGGUGGAUGUGAAGCCUCUGAUCACUCACCGCUUCCAGCUGGAGCAGUCGGUGCAGGCCUUCGAGACGGCACGCACCGGAGCCGGCGGCGCCGUCAAGGUGCUGAUCAAGUGCGGCGAGCAGUGACGCGGCGCCCGGCCGCGGACGCCGGAAGCGACGCAGGCGAGUUUGCCGGCGGGGGCGGGCGGUAGAUGCAUGCUGUAGAAUGGCGCGGCGCUGCAGGGACCAGGCGGCGAACCUCAGGCGCCGGGUUCGCCAUGUACUUCAGCGGCAGCAGUUUUACAGCUUCUCCAGCGACAUGAAGUACGUCGUGUGGCACGUUUUUAGUCUCAGAGGAGUCGCUCGCUUGAUUGUAGACAUUGUGGUAACAAAAAUCGUGAUCGAGCAUGUGGUAGCUGCAUGCGUGGCAAUUCUGCAUGC